GACACAAGUACAGAACGAGCACGUGAAUUCAAGAUAAGAAUCGCCAUCUUCUCAGAGAGUCCGGGGAGAAGAGCGGGAAUCCGGUGAGCUCCUAUGGAAGCAAUUUUACGGCUAUCUUACGACACUACCGUGAAGAUUAUGUCACGCUCUUUGGAGCGGAAUUUGCUCCCUGACGUUGUCGUCAGGAGGCUCACUCGUCUGCUUUUAGCAUCUCGCCUUCGCUCCGGCUAUAAAGCCUCCUCUCAACCUCAACUCUCCGAUCUCCUCCAUUUUGUACACUCUUUGAGGGAGAUGCCUAUCGCCAUCGAAACUGAUAAACCAAAAGUUCAGCAUUAUGAAUUACCGACCUCUUUCUUCAAGUUGGUGCUGGGCAAGAAUCUCAAAUACAGUUCUUGUUACUUUUCUUCUGCGUCAAACACACUGGACGAUGCUGAAGAAGCAAUGUUGGAACUAUACUGCGAGAGAUCACGCAUAAAAGAUGGUCAUACCGUCCUAGACGUUGGAUGUGGCUGGGGAUCGCUGUGCAUAUACAUCGCCAAGAAGUACAGUAAUUCCAGAGUUACAGGAAUCUGCAACUCGACAACCCAGAAAGCGUAUAUAGAGGAGAAGUGUAGGGAUCUUAUGCUGCAAAAUGUGGAGAUCAUUGUUGCAGAUAUUAGCACAUUCGAAAUGGAUGCUUCUUAUGACAGAAUAUUUUCCAUAGAAAUGUUUGAGCAUAUGAAGAAUUAUAAAGAUCUUCUCAAGAAAAUAGCCGGUUGGCUGAAGGAAGAUGGCCUUCUGUUUCUCCAUCAUUUCUGCCAUAAGGCAUUUGCUUAUCAUUUUGAGGACAAAAAUGAAGAUGACUGGAUUACUAGGUAUUUCUUUACUGGAGGAACAAUGCCUUCCGCAAAUCUCCUCCUUUAUUUCCAGGAUGAUGUUACUGUUGUCAACCAUUGGCUUGUCAACGGUAAACACUAUGCACAGACGAGCGAAGAAUGGCUCAAAAGAAUGGACCAAAACUUGACUUCCAUCAAGCCGAUUAUGGAGUCAACAUAUGGCAAGGAGUCAGCUGUUAAGUGGACUGUCUAUUGGAGAACGUUCUUCAUAGCCGUAGCAGAACUAUUUGGCUACAAUAAUGGUGAAGAAUGGAUGGUUGCACAUUUCCUAUUUAAGAAGAAAUGAACUUAACCAGAAAUCAAAUUUUCCUUCCGUCCACCUGGGCAUGAAGAUUCCAACCAAAGAUGCAUAUUCUGAUGACCGUACCUUCAUGGAUUCAGACGGUGCAUUUUGGUUCCCAUUUAUAUGCAAUCUCGUGGCUGCAAGACCUUAAAAAGGAGCACGUGCGACUUAUCAUUUUGGUUAUAGAAAAUUAGAAACCUUUCAUAUUAUGCCAUUAAAGCUAUCAUCAGUGUUCAUUUUCCUUUUGUCCAAAGACGUUUUGACAUAAUAUUCUAAUAUUCAUCCAAAAAUGAAACAGAAAGAGGGAAAGACUUGUAUGAUU